GAAAAACGCUAGAGAAUAUAUUUAUGAGUGUUUGGGUUUAUAGGUUUUAUUUUGACAGGGCGUGGCACGGGUCUGGUCUGGUCUGGUCUGAUGUCACUUCCGGUAACUUCCUGGGGUCUCCGCUGCCGCCAAAAAGAAACCUCCAAAGCCAGUAAUGAUGGUGUCAGAGAAAGAGGCGAAGGCUAUCCGCAAGUUUGUGUGUGGUCAGCUUCGCGAUGAGCCGAACCUCAGCACGCUGACCUUACGGAUUUUAAAAAGGCGAUAUCUGGCUCAUGUGCGAUGUGAAUCAUUAGGUCCAGAAGCCAGAAAUAUCAUGAGACAGGUGGUUGAAGAGGAACUGAUGAAAAUGCAGGACAAUGACGAAAAUGGAAGUGAGUUGGAGACCAGCAAGAAGCCCCAACACAAAAGGAAGAGAGAAAAAGAAAAGGAAGAAGUGAUAAGUGGGGAAGAAGACGAAGAUGAUGAAGAAGAGUCGACGGCAAAGAAAUCCCGUCGUCAGUCAAACUCGUCAUCAGAAUCGGCGCACGAAGACGACUGCAAAACAGGAAGUGAGAGUGAAGAAGAAGAGAGACUUAAAUCUGAAUCUGAGGAUGCAGAGCAAGAGGUGAAAAAAUCCCAGCGAAAGACAAACAGUAAACAACAGAUAAGUAGUGAAGACUCAACAGAUCAGGAAAUUAAUAAGUCAGAAGAAGAAAACGAUAAGAACGAGAGUAACUGUGAGGAUGAACCAAAAGAAGUGGUGAUUAAGAGAGCGAAUGCUACAAAGAAUAGAGGGAAAAGAAGCAGCAAUACAAGUCAAGGAAAGAAAACACCACAGAGUGAUGAAGAGGAAGAGAAGGAAACGGACACGGAGAGCAAGUCAGAAAAGAGUGACAAAAUCAACGGCAAUGACUCCUCAGACGACGGCGAAAAAGAAGAAAAAGUCUCGGUGGAACACAAAAAUACCGACUUAGACUCGGAUUCAUCGUCACUCCUCUCAUUGGAGGAUGAACAGCAUAGUGGGAAAAAACAAACAAAAGAUGACAAAAAGAAGAAAGCCCCGAAGAAAAAGGAGAAGAGCGCCAGAAGUCAAAAGGAUGACGACAAAGCUGUUGUGAGGCUCAAGCGGUACAUUUCUCUGUGUGGUGUGAGGCUGAACUACAAGAAGCUCCUCGAUGGCUGUCGCUCUGUUCGCUCCCAGGUGGCUGUUCUGAAGAAGGAGCUUGAAGGUCUUGGUGUUCAUGGUCAGCCAUCUAUUAUGAAAUGCAAAAAAGUCAGAAUGAAGAGAGAGGAAUCUCAGGAACUAGCUGAGCUCGAUGUCGGCAACAUCAUUGCCACAAAAGGUCGACCGAAACGCAGAGGAGCCUCAGCAUGGCAGGAACAACGUAGCCCUCCGUCCACUACAUACCUGCGCUCUCUGAACUCUGGCUCUGAUAGUGACGAGGAAAACAAUACAACCAGAGGGCAGAGGAGAGCUACAGACUGGGCCAACCUGCAUGGGAUCAUCAGUGAUGAUGCAGAGAGCAACUGACGGAGACGUCUUCUCUUGUGCUCUGUCAAGACGACAUUUGGAUUUGGGCAUUCCCUUUUUUUUGUACGACUUGUGUUAAUAAAUUAUUUUGAUACCAUUACAAAGUAUUCCUUAAACCUUUUGGGGAAAAAAAUGUUAAAUAAGGUAUUGUUAUGGUAAAUGAACGUUUGUUAUAUUUCAAAUAAAGCUAUUGUGAUCUUA